AUGGCAGGCGGGACCGGGGACGUUCGGAAGGUUUUUAUCUUAACUACUACCCAAAACUACUUCGGAUUGAUUUCGGAACCCAGAGAUCAGCCCUUGCUGUACAACUGUCCUGAAAUUAACAACUUUUUGGAUGAUGGAAAUCAGAUGCUGCUUAGGGUACAGUUGUCUGACGCCGGAAUCUCCUUUUCCAACACGAUUGAUUUUGGUGACACAAAAGAUAAAGUGUUGGUGUUUUUCAAGCUUCGACCUGAAGUAGUUACCGACCAAAAUCUACAUGAUAACAUUCUUGUUUCAUCUAUGUUAGAGUCACCUAUUAAUUCUCUUUAUCAAGCAGUGCGACAAGUGUUUGCGCCAGUGUUGUUGAAGGAUCAGGAAUGGAGCAGAAACUUUGAUCCCAAACUUCAGAAUCUUUUGAGUGAAUUAGAAGCUGGAUUGGGUAUAGUUCUACGAAGAUCAGACAUUAACUUAUCGAAGAUGAAAUUUAAGGAAGAUGACACACGAGGUAUUCUUACCCCAAGUGAUGAGUUCCAGUUUUGGAUAGACCAAGCUCAUCGUGGAAAUAAGCAAAUUAGUAAAGAAAGAGCCAGCUAUUUUAAAGAAUUAUUUGAAACAAUUGCAAGAGAGUUUUAUAACUUGGACAGCCUAUCCUUAUUGGAAGUUGUUGACUUGGUGGAAACUACUCGGGAUGUUGUUGAUGAUGUAUGGAGACAAACAGAUCACGAUCAUUAUCCUGAGUCACGGAUGUUACAUCUCUUAGAUAUUAUAGGUGGCUCAUUUGGAAGGUUUGUUCAGAAAAAGUUAGGAACUUUGAACCUAUGGGAAGAUCCUUAUUAUGUUGUGAAAGAAAACCUGAAAGCUGGUAUUUCAAUUUGUGAACAGUGGGUGCUAUCUUGUAAUCAUCUAACAGGUCAGGUGUGGCAGCGCUAUGUACCUCAUCCAUGGAAAAAUGAAAAAUAUUUCCCUGAAACACUUGACAAACUUGGCAAACGCAUUGAAGAGGUCUUGGCUGUUAGAACAAUUCAUGAGAAGCUUCUCUAUUUUUCACCUGGUAGUGAAGAGAAAAUCAUAGGCCUGACUCGAGUAUUUGAACCUUUUACUGGCCUGAAUCCGGUGCAGUAUAAUCCAUAUACUGAGCCUUUGUGGAAAGCUGCAGUCUCUCAAUAUGAAAAAAUUAUUGCACCUGCAGAACAAAAAAUAGCAGGAAAAUUAAAAAAUUAUAUUUCAGAAAUUCAAGACAGUCCACAGCAGCUUCUUCAAGCGUUUCUGAAAUACAAAGAGUUGGUGAAGCGUCCAACUAUAAGCAAAGAAUUGAUGUUAGAAAGAGAAAUUUUACUGGCAAGACUUGUGGACUCAGUUAAAGAUUUUCAAUUAGACUUUGAGAAUCGGUGCCGAGGAAUUCCUGGUGAUGCAUCUGGACCACUUUCUGGAAAAAAUCUUUCAGAAGUUGUCAAUAAUAUAGUUUGGGUUCGUCAGUUGGAGCUGAAGGUAGAUGAUACUAUCAAGAUUGCAGAAGCUCUUUUAUCUGACUUGUCAGGAUUUCGAUCUUUCCAUCGAAGUGCUGAAGAGCUUUCAGAUCAGUUUAAAGUUUAUGAACAAGAACAAUUUGAUGAUUGGUCCAGAGAUAUUCAAUCAGGUUUGUCUGAUUCCAGGUCUGGUUUGUGUAUUGAGUCUAAUAGCCGAAUUAUGGAAUUAGAUCCUAAUGAUGGAUCAUUAAAAGUACAUUAUUCAGAUCGUUUGGUUAUUCUUCUGAGAGAAGUUCGUCAGCUUUCUGCACUUGGCUUUGUUAUUCCUGCCAAAAUACAGCAAGUUGCAAACAUUGCACAGAAAUUCUGCAAGCAAGCAAUUAUUCUUAAGCAAGUGGCACAUUUUUAUAAUUCUAUUGACCAACAGAUGAUUCAAAGCCAGAGACCAAUGAUGUUACAGUCUGCCUUAGCAUUUGAACAAAUAAUUAAGAAUUCAAAAGCUGGAAGUGGGGGAAAGUCACAGAUUACUUGGGAUAAUCCUAAAGAAUUAGAAGGCUACAUCCAAAAACUCCAAAAUGCUGCUGAACGACUUGCCACUGAAAAUAGAAAAUUGAGAAAAUGGCACACUACAUUUUGUGAGAAGGUGGUAAUUCUUAUGAAUAUUGAUCUGCUUCGGCAGCAGCAGCGUUGGAAAGAUGGACUGCAAGAACUGAGAACUGGUUUAGCAAGUGUAGAAGCACAGGGAUUUCAAGCAAGUGACAUGCAUGCAUGGAAACAGCACUGGAAUCAUCAACUAUACAAAGCUCUGGAACAUCAGUAUCAAAUGGGCUUAGAAGCACUUAAUGAGAAUCUGCCAGAAAUAAAUAUAGACUUAACUUACAAACAGGGACGGUUACAGUUCAGGCCUCCUUUUGAAGAAAUCCGAGCUAAAUAUUAUAGAGAAAUGAAGAGGUUCAUCGGAAUUCCAAAUCAGUUUAAGGGAGUGGGUGAAGCAGGAGAUGAAUCUAUUUUUUCUAUUAUGAUUGAUAGAAAUGCAAGUGGAUUUCUGACUAUUUUCAGUAAAGCAGAAGAUCUGUUUAGAAGAUUAUCAGCUGUUUUACACCAGCAUAAGGAAUGGAUUGUAAUUGGGCAAGUUGAUAUGGAAGCUUUAGUGGAAAAACAUCUUUUCACUGUACACGAUUGGGAAAAGAAUUUUAAAGCACUGAAAAUAAAAGGGAAAGAAGUAGAACGACUUCCAAGUGUUGUCAAAGUGGAUUGUUUAAAUAUCAACUGCAACCCUGUGAAGACUGUGAUUGAUGAUCUUAUCCAGAAGUUAUUUGAUAUACUAGUUCUUUCUUUGAGGAAAUCCAUCCAGGCUCAUCUACAUGAAAUUGAUACAUUUGUCACUGAAGCUAUGGAAGUCUUAACAAUUAUGCCCCAGUCUGUGGAAGAAAUAGGUGAUGCAAAUUUACAAUAUAGUAAGCUACAAGAACGGAAGCCAGAGAUUUUGCCCUUAUUUCAAGAAGCUGAAGAUAAAAACAGACUUUUACGAACUGUGGCAGGUGGAGGUUUAGAAGCAAUUAGUAAUCUGAAAGCUAAGUGGGAUAAAUUUGAAUUGAUGAUGGAAAGUCACCAACUUAUGAUUAAAGAUCAGAUCGAAGUAAUGAAAGGAAAUGUAAAAUCACGUCUUCACAUCUACUAUCAAGAACUGGAAAAAUUUAAAGCUCGUUGGGAUCAACUGAAGCCUGGUGAUGAUGUCAUUGAAACUGGGCAGCAAAAUACUCUUGAUAAAAGUGCAAAGUCAAUAAAAGAGAAAAAAAUUGAGUUUGAUGAACUUGAAGACAUAAGAAAAAAGCUAGUUGAUGAUUGUCAUCAUUUUGGAUUAGAAGAGCCCAACUUCUCCCUGGCAUAUAACAUCUCUAAAGAUAUUGAGAGCUGUGCACAAAUCUGGGCCCUUUAUGAGGAAUUUUAUCAAGGAUUUCAAGAAAUGGCUAAAGAAGACUGGAUUACUUUCCGGACUAAGACAUAUCUAUUUGAGGAAUUUUUGAUGGAUUGGCAUGACAGAUUAAGGAAGGUUGAGGAACAUUCAGUAAUGACUGUGAAAUUACAGUCAGAAGUUGACAAGUAUAAAAUGGCAAUUCCUAUCUUGAAGUAUGUCAGAGGGGAGCAUCUUUCUCCAGAUCAUUGGCUUGACCUUUUCCGCCUUCUUGGCCUUCCUAGGGGGACUAGUCUAGAGAAAUUACUAUUUGGAGAUCUGCUCAGAGUAGCUAAUACAAUUGUAGCCAAAGCUUCAGAUCUUAAAGAUUUAAAUAGUCGGGCACAAGGUGAAGUUACUAUCAGAGAAGCUUUACGUGAACUUGAUCUCUGGGGAGUUGGAGCAGUAUUUACAUUGAUUGAUUAUGAAGACAGCCAAAGUCGAACCAUCAAACUGAUUAAAGACUGGAAAGAUAUAGUGAAUCAGGUUGGAGAUAAUAGAUGCCUUCUUCAAUCCUUAAAAGAUUCUCCUUAUUAUAAAGGAUUUGAAGAUAAAGUAUCAGUAUGGGAAAGAAAACUUGCAGAGUUAGAUGAGUACCUGCAGAAUUUAAACCAUAUUCAAAGAAAGUGGGUAUAUUUGGAACCCAUUUUUGGCCGUGGAGCAUUGCCAAAGGAACAGACACGUUUCAACAGAGUUGAUGAAGAUUUUAGGUCAAUAAUGAGUGACAUCAGGAGAGACAAUAGAGUAACAACAUUAACUAGUCAUGCAGGAAUCAGGAAUUCUCUACUAACUAUACUUGAUCAGCUUCAGAGAUGUCAGAAAUCAUUAAAUGAAUUUUUGGAGGAAAAACGCUCAGCAUUCCCAAGAUUUUAUUUUAUUGGUGAUGAUGACCUGUUAGAAAUACUGGGACAGUCUACUAACCCAUCAGUGAUUCAGUCACAUCUUAAGAAGCUGUUUGCUGGUAUUAACAGUGUAUGCUUUGAUGAGGAAUCAAAACAUAUAAUGGCGAUGAAAUCUUUAGAGGGAGAAGUUGUACCUUUUAAAAAUAAAGUUCUCCUAUCAAAUAAUGUGGAGAUUUGGUUAAAUGAUUUAUCAUUGGAAAUGAAAGAAACUUUGAAACAGUUGUUGAAAGAAUGUGUGACUGCUGGGAGAAGUUCUCAAGGUGCAAUUGACCCAUCUCUGUUCCCUUCACAGGUACUGUGUUUGGCAGAACAGAUUAAAUUCACUGAAGAUGUAGAAAAUGCUAUCAAAGAUCAUAGUCUUCAUCAGAUGGAAACACAACUGGUGAAUAAAUUAGAGCAUUACACUAACAUUGAUACAAGUUUUGAGGAUCCAGGAAAUACUGAAUCUGGCAUUCUGGAGCUUAAACUUAAAGCACUAAUCCUUGACAUUAUUCAUAAUAUUGAUGUGGUGAAGCAGUUGAACCAAGUUCAGGUUCAUACAACUGAAGACUGGGCUUGGAAGAAACAAGUUAGAUUCUAUAUGAAAAGUGACCAGACAUGUUAUGUUCAAAUGGUAGAUUCUGAACUUCAGUAUACUUACGAGUAUCAGGGUAAUGCUCCCAAGUUGGUUUACACUCCAUUGACAGAUAAAUGCUACCUAACUCUCACGCAAGCGAUGAAGAUGGGAUUAGGAGGAAAUCCUUAUGGACCAGCAGGAACUGGAAAAACUGAAUCAGUAAAGGCUUUAGGAGGACUUCUUGGAAGACAAGUUUUAGUGUUUAAUUGUGAUGAGGGCAUCGAUGUGAAGUCAAUGGGGCGGAUAUUUGUUGGUUUGGUGAAGUGUGGGGCCUGGGGUUGUUUUGAUGAAUUCAAUAGACUGGAGGAAUCUGUGCUCUCUGCAGUAUCUAUGCAAAUCCAGACAAUACAGGAUGCUUUGAAGAAUCACAGAACUGUAUGUGAAUUACUUGGCAAGGAGGUAGAAAUAAAUUCCAAUUCUGGAAUUUUUAUUACUAUGAAUCCUGCUGGAAAGGGCUAUGGAGGAAGACAAAAAUUGCCUGAUAAUCUUAAGCAGCUUUUCAGGCCAGUAGCUAUGUCUUGUCCAGACAAUGAGCUUAUUGCAGAAGUUAUUCUUUAUUCGGAGGGCUUUAAAGAUGCUAAAGUGUUGGGCAGAAAAUUGGUAGCUAUUUUCAAUCUAUCUAGGGAACUUCUGACACCUCAGCAACAUUAUGAUUGGGGUUUAAGAGCUUUGAAGACAGUUCUGAGAGGAAGUGGAAAUCUCCUUAGACAACUGAAGAAAAAUGGCACUAAACAGAAUGUUAAUGAAAGUCAUAUUGUGGUACAAGCACUGAGGCUUAAUACAAUGUCAAAGUUUACGUUUACUGAUUGCACCCGGUUCGAUGCACUGAUUAAAGAUGUCUUUCCUGGAAUUGACUUUAAGGAAGUAGAAUACGAUGAACUAAGUGCUUCAUUAAAGCAAGUCUUUGAGGAGGCCAAUUAUGAAAUCAUACCCAAUCAGAUCAAGAAGGCUUUGGAACUGUAUGAACAGUUAUGCCAGAGAAUGGGAGUUGUUAUUGUUGGUCCAAGUGGUGCUGGUAAAUCAACCCUUUGGAGAAUGUUAAGGGCUGCACUUUGUAAAACUGGCAAAGUGGUAAAACAGUAUACCAUGAAUCCCAAAGCUAUGCCUAGACAUCAAUUAUUAGGCCAUAUUGACAUGGAUACAAGGGAAUGGUCUGAUGGUGUUUUGACAAAUAGUGCUCGCCAAGUGGUUCGAGAACCUCAAGAUGUCAGCUCAUGGAUAAUCUGUGAUGGUGAUAUUGACCCUGAAUGGAUAGAAUCUCUGAAUUCUGUAUUGGAUGAUAAUCGACUACUCACUAUGCCCAGUGGAGAAAGGAUUCAGUUUGGUCCAAAUGUUAAUUUUGUAUUUGAAACUCAUGAUUUAAGUUGUGCCUCACCAGCCACAAUAUCUAGAAUGGGAAUGAUCUUUCUUAGUGAUGAAGGGACAGAUCUUAAUUCUCUGAUAAAAUCUUGGUUGAGGAAUCAGCCUGCGGAAUAUAGGAAUAAUCUUGAAAACUGGAUUGGAGAUUAUUUUGAAAAGGCUUUACAAUGGGUUUUAAAGCAGAAUGACUAUGUGGUAGAAACAAGUUUGGUUGGAACAGUUUUGAAUGGUUUGUCGCAUCUACAUGGAUGCAAAGAUCAUGAACAAUUUAUUGUUAAUCUCAUAAGGGGACUUGGUGGAAAUCUGAACAUGAAAUCCCGUCUGGAAUUCACCAAGGAGGUUUUUAACUGGGCUCGAGAAUCUCCUCCAGACCCUCAUAAACCAAUGGACUCGUUCUAUGACUCAAGUAAAGGACGAUUAGCAUCUUAUGUGCUGAAGAAGCCAGACAACCUGACUGCUGAGGAUUUCAGUAAUGGCCAAACUCUUCCAGUCAUUCAGAUUCCUGAUAUGCAACGAGGUCUAGAUUAUUUCAAACCUUGGUUAAGUUCUAAUUCUAAACAACCAUUUAUUCUCGUAGGACCAGAAGGAUGUGGCAAAGGGAUGCUGCUCAGGUAUGCCUUUUCCCAACUUCGAUCCACUCAAAUUGCUACAAUUCACUGUAGUGCACAAACUACCUCUCGACAUCUCCUGCAGAAGUUGAGCCAGACUUGCAUGGUAAUCAGUACUAAUACUGGUCGAGUAUACAGACCAAAAGACUGUGAAUGGCUUGUUUUGUACUUAAAAGAUAUCAACCUUCCCAAGCUUGAUAAAUGGGGGACCAGUACUUUGGUAGCUUUCCUACAACAGGUAUUGACAUAUCAAGGAUUUUAUGAUGAAAAUUUGGAAUGGGUUGGUUUGGAAAAUAUUCAAAUUGUGGCUUCUAUGUCAGCUGGAGGAAGACUGGGAAGACAUAAGCUUAACACCAGAUUUGCUUCUAUUGUUCGUCUUUGUGCAGUAGAUUACCCAGAAAGAGAGCAAUUACAAACCAUUUAUGGAGCAUAUUUGGAACCAGUUCUGCAUAAGAAUUUGAAGAAUCAUCCCAUUUGGGGUUCUUCAUCAAAAAUUUAUCUCUUAGCAGGAUCUAUGGUACAAGUAUAUGAACAGGUGCGGGCCAAAUUUACAGUUGAUGAUUAUAGUCACUAUGUCUUUACUCCUUGUGUUCUUACACAGUGGGUUCUUGGCUUAUUCAGAUAUGAUUUAGAAGGAGGAUCCUCAAAUCAUCCAUUAGAUUAUGUUUUAGAAAUUGUAGCAUAUGAAGCACGCCGCUUAUUUCGUGACAAAAUUGUUGGUGCAAAGGAACUUCAUUUAUUUGACAGCAUUUUAACAUCAGUGUUUCAAGGAGAUUGGGGCUCAGAUAUAUUGGACAAUAUGGCAGAUACUUUUUAUGUCACAUGGGGAGCCCAACAUAAUUUAGGAGCAAGAAUUGUCCCAGGACAACCAUUACCUCCACAUGGAAAACCACUUGGAAAACUAAACUCUGCAGAUCUGAAGGAUGUUAUUAAAAAGGGUCUUAUUCAUUAUGGGCGAGAUAACCAGAAUUUAGAUAUUCUACUUUUCCAAGAAGUCCUGGAGUAUAUGUCUAGAAUAGACAGAGUGUUGAGUUUUCCUGGAGGUUCACUUCUGUUAGCAGGACGCAGUGGUGUAGGUCGUCGGACAAUCACUUCUUUAGUCAGUCAUAUGCAUGGAGCAGUGCUGUUUACUCCAAAGAUUUCCAGAGGAUAUGAGCUGAAGCAGUUCAAAAAUGAUCUCAAACAUGUACUGCAUCUUGCAGGCAUCGAAGCCCAGCAAGUAGUUUUACUUCUUGAAGACUACCAGUUUGUACAUCCUACAUUUUUGGAAAUGAUCAAUAGCCUUUUGUCUUCAGGUGAAGUUCCUGGACUCUAUACUCUUGAAGAAUUAGAACCCUUGCUCUUGCCUCUUAAAGAUCAAGCUUCACAAGAUGGGUUUUUUGGACCAGUCUUCAAUUACUUCACAUACAGAAUCCAACAAAACUUGCACAUUGUCUUGAUAAUGGAUUCUGCAAAUUUAAACUUCAUAAUUAACUGUGAGAGUAAUCCAGCUUUGCAUAAGAAAUGCCAGGUGUUGUGGAUGGAGAGUUGGUCAGAUAGCAGUAUGAAGAAAAUACCAGAAAUGUUACUCAAUGAAACAGGCAGAGAAGAAAAAUAUAGUGAGAAAAAAAGAAAAGAAGAAAAGAAAAAAAAUCCAGUUGAUCCAGAUUUUCUAAAAUCAUUUUUGUUAAUCCAUGAGUCUUGUAAAGCAUAUGGUGCUACACCAAGCCGAUACAUGACCUUUUUACAUGUUUAUUCUGCCAUUAGUACCAGCAAGAAAGAGGAGUUAUUAAAAAGACAAAGUCAUUUGCAGGCUGGUGUAUCUAAACUAAAUGAAGCUAAAGCUCUUGUGGAUGAACUGAACAGAAAAGCUGGAGAACAGAGUGUGUUACUUAAAACUAAGCAAGAUGAAGCUGAUGCUGCCCUUCAAGAGAUCACAGUAUCAAUGCAGGAUGCUAGUGAACAAAAGACAGAACUGGAAAGACUAAAGCACAAAAUAGCAGAAGAAGUUGUUAAAAUUGAAGAAAGAAAAAAUAAAAUUGAUGAUGAAUUAAAAGAAGUACAACCUCUAGUCAAUGAAGCUAAACUAGCAGUUGGAAACAUUAAGCCAGAAUCUCUUUCAGAAAUUCGUUCACUACGCAUGCCACCUGAUGUAAUCAGAGACAUCCUUGAAGGAGUCUUAAGGUUGAUGGGUAUCUUUGAUACAUCUUGGGUGAGCAUGAAAAGUUUCCUGGCAAAAAGAGGUGUGAGAGAAGACAUUGCAACUUUUGAUGCACGGAAUAUCCCAAAAGAAAUAAGAGAGAGUGUUGAAGAACUUCUUUUUAAAAAUAAGGGCUCUUUUGAUCCAAAGAAUGCUAAGCGUGCCAGUACUGCUGCUGCUCCUUUGGCUGCGUGGGUUAAAGCCAAUGUCCAGUAUUCCCAUGUCUUGGAACGAAUUCAGCCUUUGGAAACUGAGCAAGCAGGAUUAGAAUUGAAUUUGAAGAAAACUGAAGACAGAAAAAGGAAACUAGAGGAUCUUCUUAAUUCUGUUGGUCAAAAAGUAUCAGAACUCAAAGAGAAAUUUCAGAGCAGGACUUCAGAAGCUGCCAAACUUGAAGCUGAAGUUAGCAAAGCACAAGAAACAAUUAAAGCUGCAGAAGUGUUAAUUAAUCAGCUUGAUAGAGAACACAAGAGAUGGAAUGCACAGGUCGCAGAGAUAACUGAAGAAUUAGCUUCUCUUCCUAAAAGAGCUCAAUUAGCUGCUGCAUUUAUUACAUACCUUUCUGCUGCUCCUGAGGGUCUCAGAAAAACUUGUUUGGAAGAAUGGACAAAAUCAGCUGGACUUGAAAAAUUUGAUCUGAGGAGAUUUCUUUGUACUGAAAGUGAACAAUUAAUUUGGAAAAGUGAAGGCCUGCCUUCGGAUGACCUUUCCAUGGAAAAUGCUCUUGUUAUCUUACAGAUCAUUGGUUUGAAAUCAUGGAGUCGCGUAUGCCCAUUUCUUAUAGAUCCUUCUUCCCAAGCUACAGAAUGGUUAAAGACACAUUUGAAAGACUCACGUUUAGAAGUUAUUAAUCAGCAGGAUAAUAACUUUAUCACAGCUCUUGAAUUGGCAGUACGUUUUGGGAAAACCCUUAUCAUACAAGAGAUGGAUGGUGUAGAACCUGUUCUUUAUCCAUUAUUGAGAAGAGAUCUAGUUGCUCAAGGACCACGCUAUGUGGUACAGAUAGGUGAUAAAAUUAUUGACUACAAUGAAGAAUUUCGACUUUUUUUGUCAACAAGAAACCCAAAUCCCUUUAUUCCACCGGAUGCAGCUUCCAUCGUUACUGAAGUUAACUUUACUACAACAAGAAGUGGAUUACGAGGGCAGACCCUUGCAACAUCUCAAGGCAAUAUUUUGGAAAAUAAGGACUUGAUUGAAUCUUUGAAUCAGACAAAAGCAAGCAGUGCACUUAUUCAAGAGUCUCUUAAAGAAUCUUACAAGCUCCAGAUUUCCCUUGAUCAAGAGCGGGAUGCGUAUCUUCCUCUGGCUGAGAGUGCCAGCAAGAUGUACUUUAUUAUCUCUGACCUGUCCAAAAUUAAUAACAUGUAUCGUUUUAGUUUGGUUGCCUUUCUACGACUUUUCCAACGAGCUCUGCAAAACGAACAGGAUUCUGAAAAUACAGAACAGAGAAUCCAGUCUCUUGUCAGCUCAUUGAAGCACAUGGUUUAUGAAUAUAUAUGCCAUUGUCUAUUUAAGGCUGAUCAGUUGAUGUUUGCUUUACAUUUUGUUCGAGGGAUGCACCCUGAACUUUUUCAAGAAAAUGAAUGGGAUACGUUUACAGGUGUGGUUGUUGGAGAUAUGUUACGGAAAGUUGAUUCUCAACAAAGAAUACGUGAUCAACUUCCAUCUUGGAUAGAUCAGGAAAGAAGCUGGGCAGUGGCAACAUUAAAGAUUGCUCUCCCCAGUCUUUAUCAGACACUCUGCUUUGAAGAUACAGCUUUGUGGCGUACUUAUUAUCAUAAUUCAGUGUGUGAACAAGAGUUUCCAUCUAUUCUUGCAAAAAAAGUUUCCUUAUUUCAGCAGGUUCUUGUGGUACAGGCUCUCAGACCAGACAGAUUGCAAAGUGCCAUGGCUCUAUUUGCAUGUAAAACUCUGGGACUGAAAGAAUUGUCUCCACUUCCUCUAAAUCUCAAACGUUUAUACAAAGAGACACUAGAAAUAGAACCCAUCUUGAUCAUUAUUUCCCCGGGUGCUGAUCCUUCUCAGGAACUUCAAGAACUCGCUAAUGCUGAAAGAAGUGGGGAGUGUUAUCACCAGGUUGCCAUGGGUCAGGGUCAAGCUGAUUUAGCAAUUCAAAUGCUAAAAGAAUGUGCCCGCAAUGGAGACUGGCUCUGUUUAAAGAACUUACAUCUUGUCGUAUCUUGGCUGCCAGUUCUGGAAAAGGAACUGAAUACUCUUCGUCCUAAAGAUACCUUUCGUCUUUGGCUGACUGCAGAAGUUCAUCCCAACUUUACUCCUAUUUUACUACAGUCAAGUUUGAAGAUAACAUAUGAGUCACCUCCAGGUUUGAAGAAGAAUUUAAUGCGUACUUAUGAGUCUUGGACUCCUGAGCAAAUUAACAGAAAAGAUAAUGUACAUCGAGCUCAUGCUCUCUUCAGUUUUGCAUGGUUUCAUGCUGCAUGUCAAGAGAGAAGAAAUUAUAUUCCACAGGGUUGGACCAAGUUUUAUGAGUUUUCUUUAUCAGACCUUCGAGCUGGGUAUAAUAUUAUUGACAGGCUUUUUGAUGGUACUAAAGAUGUACAAUGGGAAUUUGUACAUGGUCUACUUGAAAAUGCUAUUUAUGGUGGACGUAUAGAUAACUAUUUUGAUCUCAGAGUUCUUCAAUCAUAUCUGAAGCAGUUUUUUAAUUCUUCAAUAAUUGAUGGAUUAAGUCAAAGGGACAAGAAAAACAUUUUUCCAUAUUUCAUAUCUCUUCCAAAAUCCUGCAGCAUUUUGGAUUAUCGUGCUGUCAUUGAAAAACUUCCCGAGGAUGACAAACCUGGUUUCUUUGGUCUUCCUGCCAAUAUUGCUCGUUCAUCUCAGCGCAUGAUCAGUUCUCAGGUUAUCUCACAGUUGAGGAUCUUGGGUAGAUCAGUAACAGCUGGCUGUAAAUUUGAUAGAGAAAUCUGGUCUAAUGAGCUUUCUCCUGUCCUUAACCUCUGGAAGAAACUAAACCAGAAUUCAAACCUGAUUCAUCAAAAAGUGUCUUCUCCUAAUGAUCGACAAGCAUCUCCAAUACUAUCAUUCAUCGUUCUGGAACAAUUCAAUGCCAUUCGUUUAGUACAGAGUGUUCAUCAGUCACUUGCUGCUCUCAGCAAAGUCAUCAGAGGAACUACAUUAUUGAGUUCAGAAGUACAAAAAUUGGCAAGUGCUUUAUUAAACCAAAAGUGUCCUCUUACAUGGCAGAGCAAGUGGGAAGGCCCAGAAGAUCCCUUACAAUACCUCAGAGGUCUGGUAGCUCGUGCCCUUGCAAUACAGAACUGGGUAGAUAAGGCUGAAAAACAGGCCCUUCUCUCUGAAACACUUGACCUAUCAGAACUCUUUCACCCAGACACAUUUCUCAAUGCUCUUCGCCAGGAAACUGCAAGGAUAAUGGGCUGUUCUGUGGAUAGUCUUAAGUUUGUCGCAUCAUGGAAAGGUCGACUGCAAGAAGCCAAGCUGCAAAUUAAGAUCAGUGGCUUAUUGAUGGAAGGCUGCAGUUUUGAUGGAAAUCGACUUUGUGAAAAUCAGCAUGACUCUCCUAGUGUGUCAUCAGUUCUCCCUUGCUUUAUGGGGUGGAUUCCACAGGGUGCAUAUGGUCCACAUUCACCCGAGGAGUGCAUUUCUUUGCCUGUCUACACCAGUGCUGAGAGGGAUCGUGUGGUAACCAAUAUUGACGUUCCAUGUGGAGGCAACCAAGACCAAUGGAUUCAGUGUGGAGCAGCUCUGUUUCUAAAAAAUCAGUAG